AAAAAAGCAUUGAGAAAAAGGGCUGGGUCUGCCAGUCUGAACAAUGGUGCGUGUUUGUCGCUCGCCUCCCACUUCUUUCUCCCCCUAGGCCCCCGCAACAAGACUGGCGCGUAAAGUACUGGGUACGCGAGCCUUGCCACGCCGCGGCCCAUCACUGGGGAACCUCUCUCUCUCUCUCUCUGGAACCCGAACUUUCGCCCGAUGAAAAACUCUGUCGACAUCCACCAAGGCCCUUUUGCGGCUCGCCUUUCCCCAAACACAUUUACAUAUCGUGUAAGUUCGCUCAUACACACGACACCUCUUGAGCUCAGCUCGCCCUUCUUCGUCCGCUUGACUUCGAUCUAGCCCAAGCAUGGCUGGGCGUUGCUUCGCCAUGGAUGCAGAGAAAGGGCGCUUGCAGCAAUAUUACAGAUGCGAAUUUUAUUGCAAUCUUACAACAAGGUAUCGGGUACCAGGUCUCUGGCGAGACUGUGGUAGUGGUCCGUGCACUCAGAAGUACCUCUGGAUCCAUCCCAAAGUCGAGGUACUUCGUCCACGUCUUCGGCUUUGCCCUCGCGACUCAUGCAUGUGCGAGCCCCAUUGCACUAAAACCUCAGGCCAAUUUUUUUCCUUUUUUCACACCCGAACCUCGUGCUUGCAGCUGCUGCUUGCUGCUUGCCAGGUGCUUGCUUUUCUAUACGGUUUUAAGGCCGCAUCUCGGCCUUGCGGGCCCUGCCAAAGCUCCAUCUGCACUGCGACUCAUGCAACUUCAACAUUAAACUCCCAAAAGUCCGACAGCCUCGUUGGAACAUGGAGGUGGCUCACUCUCGCUUACACUUGGCACCACACUCUCUUGAGACUCUGUCACGCUGUGUCGAUCCUAUUUCUGCCUCCAUCGCGACGCCCAAGGUUUGGCUGCCCAUCGCACUGCCAGUUCUCGCUUUGGGCAGCGGCAGCAACUACCUUGAGUUCCCAACCACCCUAAGAAACCAAACAAACCCAAAGAGCUACACGACUCGAUGAGCUGGCACGCAACCAACGCGAUCCGACGAGAUCAAAGUACGCUUGUCCAACUCGAAGCUGCACGCCACUGAGACGGCCUGAGCCCGCAUUCUUCACAUCCUGCAAUGUGUCCCAUACUUUCGUAGUGUUGUAGGCUCCCGUUCCAGCCUCGCCUAACGCAUGGAGUCCAGGAACCGCAAGUGUCUCGCAAGUCGCAUCGCACCCUUGGUUGUCUCCGAUGUCGUCCCCCC